CCCCAGCCCUGGGAAGUAUCACAGGCUCAAAGUGGAAAGCCCCCCUCCUGACUCUCCACACUACAGAGGCUCCCCCUACCACUCCCAUGCCUUGCUCUUGCCCUCUAGUCCACUGAGGGCUGUUGUACAACCCAAAAGGCCCUAUGUAUUGCCCCCACAUAGAGCCUUUACCUGGCUCAUCAGUGGCCAAGGACACAGCCCACAGCUCUCAGUCAGACCGCCCCCAUCCCCACUGAUGGCUAAAAUGCUGGUGGAGGAGCUGCUCCCUGAUUCCAAGGGCAAGUUCUCACUCCUCACCCCUACAGUGCCUUUACCUGUGAAACCCCUCUGAUGACCAGGCAUACCUGAGGUGCUAACAUGAUGCUGAGCUUCUGUUUGCACAUGUUGGGCUGUCACUAAGGAGAUUGACUCCAAGUUUUCUGGGUGCCAGGGAUCACAGGGCUCAUGUGGGGAGAGAUAAUAUGACACAUUUAUCCAGCAGACUUUUGCUGAGCACCCACUGAGUGUCAGCCCAGGUGCAGGUUGCUAGUGGGAGCAUCCUGCCUUGGGAGAGAAUGGCUGAGCUCCCCUGGAGCUUUGGAACUGUUAGAGUCUGCCCAACCCCUGGGGAGGGUCUACUCCAGGCUGGACAUCCCUGGGUCCCCGUUUAUGCUUUUUCCCUCAGUAUUUUAUUAUGAAAAUUUUAAAACAUAAAAUCUGGAAAAAAGUUGAACACCCAUAUACCCACUGCAGACUUUACAAUUUGUAUUUUGUUAUAUUUGCUUUACCAUGUAUCUAUCCUUCCCUCUAGUCAGCAAUUAACUCGUUUUUUUGACUGAUGUGUUCUUGAAUCAGCCAAAGCCCUCACACCCCUAGGAGGAGGCAAGCCAACUUACCUGUUGCAACUUUGCACACAGGGGUGUCUUCUCUCCCUUGGGUCAGGCUCACCUUGGGGCUCUACAGUGAAUGGACUGUAGACACCAGGGGCUUGUCCAUGGGAGCCCCAAGGCCUGGAGGCUGUCAGAGAUUUGAUGGCUGUCAUUCUUCCACCCCUGAUCUCCAUCCAGGAUCGGCCAGUCACCAAGGGCUCAUACCUUGCCCUCCUGUGCACAAGGCCCCUCUUAGGUGUAUCAUCUCAUCACGAACAGUGUGGGCUUUGGAGCCAGAUAGAUGAAGGUUUGGGUCCAAACACACCAUGUGGCGGAAGAGUCAGCAUCUCCCUGAGCAAACCGUGACACCCAUUCCAAGUUGAAGAGGAAUCACUGAGGUGAUAUGUUAGGAUUUGCAACCCGCCAGCACCCCCGUCCUGGCCCUGGCCCUUCCACAGCAGAGCCGGUGCAGGUAGACAUUCCCUCUACCAGUCAGGAACACCCCUGGGUGCUGAGCAGGCUUCUGUGAGUUUGGUGCUCCUGAUAGCCCUGCGAGACUUCCCUGAUCCCAGCCACCAGGUGGUUACCGUUAAGUCUAACCACAAGUCCUUGGUACCUGGUGCUCAACAUUUGGGAUGUGAGGUGGUUCAGGGAUCCAGUCAGGGGCCAGGCUUUGGGAGGUGGAGGAGGUGAGAGCCUCACACCUGGGCUCUGUCUGGUAAGUCAAGGCCUGAGUGGAGGACCUUGACCCAAAGAGACCCUCCUCCUGCCUAGAGCAAGGAGGAAUAAUGGCAGGGAGCUGAACCUCCACAGCUGCCUGGCCUCAGUCCUGGGACUUUGGCUCAAGGAUGAAGAGAACCAUAAAGCCAGGCCCAGUUCUCAACCUCACGCCUGCCACAGUGUUGCUGCUCAGCCUCAUCCUUACCCUGGUCCUCCUUGGCUCCUCCUUGGGACAGCAACAGCUUCCACUUCUGCGGUGGUUCCCUCAUCAGUCAGUCCUGGGUGGUCACUGCUGCCCACUGCAAUGUUGUGCCAUCACGCACCCUUUCUGGAACCCCACCACCAUGAACAACGAUCUGAUGCUACUAAAGCUCGCCUCCCCAGCCCAGUACACAACACACAUCUCACCAGGCGUUUGCCUGGCUUCCUCAAAUAAGGUGCUGCCUGAAGGCCUCACGUGCACCACUGGCUGCGGCCGCCUCAGCGGUGCGGGCAGUGUGACUCCUGCACGCCUGCAGCAGGUGAUUCUGCCCCUGGUCACCAUGAGUCAGUGGCAGCAAUACUGGGGCUCACACAUCACCAACUCUAUGAUCUGUGCAGGGGCCUCGGGGCCUCCUUGUGCCAGGUGAGCACUGGCACCCUGUCCUGUCCUCUGCACUGUCCUGUGGCACUCCCACCCUCCACACUGACUUCUCCCCUCCUUCCAUCAGGGUGAAUGUGGAGGCCCGCUUGUCUGCCAGAAGGGGGACAUGUGGGUGCUCACUGGUAUUGUCUCCUGAGGCGCCAAUAACUGCAACGUGUGCGCGCCUGCCACGUACACUCAGGUUAGCAAGUUCAGUACCUGGAU